AGCGAUGGAAAGUGGAAACAAAUUCCAGGCUGGAUUCAGUCCUGCUGCUGUCAUCUAUAAACUUACCCGGUGGGGAACUGAGAAGGAGAUCAGCAGAAGAUGAGCUUGCAAUGAGGGAAUACCUGCAGGAAGGGGAUCUCAUCAGUGCAGAGGUCCAGUCUAUAUUUUCUGAUGGGGCUGUAUCCCUGCACACCAGGAGCCUGAAAUAUGGGAAGCUUGCCCAGGGUGUGCUGGUUCAGGUCUCGCCCUCCCUUGUGAAACGCCAGAAGACUCCCUUCCAUGACCUUCCCUGUGGUGCAUCAGUGAUCCUUGGCAACAAUGGUUUCAUCUGGAUCUACCCAACUCAGGAGCGGAAGGAAGAAGAUGCUGGAGGCUUCGCCACCAACUUGGAGCCAGUUCCCUUGGCUGACCGAGAGGUGAUCUCACGGCUCCGAAACUGCAUCGUGGCUCUGGUGACUCACAAGAUGAUGCUCUUUGACACCAGCAUCCUGUACAGCUAUGAAGCAUCCCUUCCUCACCAGAUCAAGGACAUUCUCAAGCCAGAAGUGACGGAGGAGAUCAUUCUGGAAGCUCGACAGAGGUUGCUGGAUUUGCAGGGAUAGGGCACAAGGCCAGGAGCAGUCAUUUGAAGUCCCAGCAUGGCAGCUUU